UAUGGAGUACUGGAACAUUUGUUUAAGGAUGCAGAUAACAUGGCACAGUGGAGUUUGAUACCGAGGAAUAAUGCAGCAUCACAGUUUCCAUCGGAUUUCGCGCUGAUAUCGCUCACUACGACAUCGGCAUCCGCCUCAAAAGAGCUGGACAUGCUGCAGCGCAACACAGAUAUAGUUCGCUCGGUUUUCCCCGAGCGCAAGAUACUCGACCCGCUGAAAGGCUGGAAGAUGGAAGACGACCUGGAAGAAGAUGAUGGCACCACAUACUCUGACGACGAGUCGGCGAGCGACGAGCAAGAUAGCGAAGUCAAGGUUAGCUUUGGCAAGCGCUCGCCCCAGGGCAGGUUCCACGAUGUGAUACCCGACCUGAUAGAGACCAACGUCGACGAGAGCAUGUACGAGCGUAGCAAGCAGGAGAAGCAGCGACCGACGGUGGGACGUCGUCUGCAGUCGGCCAAGCUGCAGGUGACCGACAUGCUGAACGCCCAUGUGCUCUGGGAGAAUGGCUUCACGGGCAAGGGCACCAAGGUGGCCGUGUUUGACACGGGCCUUCAUCAGGACCACAAACACUUUAGAAACGUCAAAGAGGUUCAAGACUACACCAACGAGAAGAUAUAUAAUGACGAGCUUGGCCAUGGCACGUUUGUCACGGGUGUCAUUGCCAGUGACCACGAGGGAUGUCCUGGCUUCGCGCCCGACGCCUCACUCUACAUCUUCCGUGUAUUUACCUCAAAGAAGCUCUCCUACACAUCAUGGUUCUUGGAUGCCUUCAACUACGCCAUCCACAUUGGCAUCGAUGUUCUCAAUCUGAGCAUAGGUGGCCACGACUUUAUGGAUCGUCCAUUCAUCGAAAAGGUCUGGGAGAUGAGUGCCAACAACAUCAUUGUCGUCUCUGCCAUCGGAAAUGAUGGUCCACUUUAUGGAACUCUGAGCAACCCAGCUGAUCAAUCAGAUGUCAUUGGAGUGGGCUCAAUUGAUUCGUCGGAGAAGAUCGCUCACUUCUCAUCGAGAGGAAUGACAACUUGGGAGAUACCCGAUGGUUAUGGCAGAGUUAAGCCAGACCUGGUCACUUAUGGAUCCAGCGUGCUGGGUUCAAUGACACCAAACACAUUCGCCAGUGGCAGCACUGAGUGUCGUACUCUGUCCGGCACCAGUGUCUCGUCGCCAGUGGUGGCCGGCGCAGUCGCCUUGCUGCUGAGCAGCGUGCCACACGACCGCCGUAGCAUCAUCAAUCCCGCUUCGAUCAAGCAAGUGCUGCUCGAGUCUGCCAAGCCCAUUGACGAUGCAAACAUCUUUGAACAGGGCCAUGGCCGUCUGGACCUGAUCGAGGCUUUCAAGGCCAUGCAGAGAUACACACCCAGGGUGUCCUUCUCGCCAUCGUCCAUUGACUUUACCAACUGCCCAUACUUCUGGCCAUACUGCACACAACCACUGUAUUAUAGCGGACUGCCUGCCAUCGUUAACGUGACGAUAUUCAAUGGCAUGGGCGUGUCGGGCCAGAUUGUCGCACCACCCGCUUGGAUCCCCGUCAAGAAUGGCAACCUGUUGCACAUGGAGUUCAGUUAUCAAGAGAUGCUCUGGCCGUGGACCGGCCAUCUAGGCGUGCACAUCAGCGUCAAGAAGGAGGCGGCUAUCUUUGAUGGCAUUGCCGAGGGCUUCAUUCAGGUGAACAUCACAUCACCACCACAGAACAGUGAGACCAAGCCACGUUUCCAAUCACUGAUGCUGCCAGUCAAGGUGCACAUCAUACCCACGCCACCAAGACACAAGCGCAUCCUCUGGGACCAGUUCCACAACCUCCGCUACCCAUCUGGCUUCUUGCCCAAGGACACUUUCGAGACCAAGGACGAGCCAUUCGACUGGAACGGAGACCACCCUCACACCAACUUCCGCGGCAUGUACCAAAUGCUGCGUAGCCGUGGCUACUACCUGGAGAUCCUGGGCUCGCCACUCACCUGUUUCGACUCGCAAAACUAUGGCGCACUGCUCAUUGUCGACCCCGAAGAAGAGUUCUUCCCGGCCGAGAUCAAGAAGAUCGAGGAGGACGUGCGCAACAAGGGACUCAAUCUCAUCGUAUUUGCCGACUGGUAUAACGGCGACAUGAUGGAGAAGUUCAAAUUCUACGACGACAACACCGAGCGCCACUGGACGCCGGCCACAGGUGGCGCCAACAUACCCGCGCUCAACGACUUUUUGUCCAACUUUGGCAUCUUCCUUGGCGACACUGUGUACAACGGCGACUUUACCAUUGGCAACCGAUCGUCCAUCUUUGCGUCGGGCACAUCAAUCAUUGGCUUCCCCAGGGGUGGCAUGUUCUACUCUGCCGAGUUGACCGACCUGAACAGACAGGUGCUGAUGCGUCGCACGGCCACUCAAAAGGUACCCAUCCUCGGCUUCUACCAGACAUUGUCAAUGGAGCAUGAGUCCAGCUCGAGCAGUGGCGAUGUGCAGGCGCCAGGCAAGGUCGUGGUCUUUGGAGACUCGACCUGUCUCGACGACGUCCGCAACAAGAUUGGCCAAGUGCCCAGAGACGACGACUGCUUCUGGCUGUUGGACGACAUUCUUCAGGUGACACAAGAGGGCCACAAUGUACACAGACUGUUCCCAGGCAUCUCGACGCUGGGCGCUCCUCUACUACCCCGCUACGACAAGAAGGACAGAUACAAGUAUGACCUGCCCGUCAGAGCCAAAGAGGCCGAGCUCGCCAAGAUAUCGCGAGUGGUCAAGGCUGUUGCCCCACUUGACACCUGUCCCCUACACAUCCAUCGCAUGGAGUCUGAGCGCUACACCUGGGAGGGUUUCUACAAGUAUGAGAAUAUCACGUGGAAGGACCGUCAUCGCGUGUUGCCCAACGUCCAAGUGCUCGUACUCAGCUCGGAUCAAGACGACUCGACCAUGCGCUCCAGUUUCUUCUUCCCCUAUGUGAUGAUCAUCAUGGUGCUGUUUGUUCUUAUCGUCAAAUGGACCUACCAGAAGAAGCAAACCAAGCCUCUAUCCCUUAAGUCAAGUACCGAGGCUGCU